UCUUUGCAGGCGUGGGGCAUCUGCAUCUGGUCUCUGCAUAGAUGCUGAAGAGAUCUCUUUGCUUGUUCUGCAAAGUCCUCCUGUGGUGUUUUCUGAUGGCUGCUGGUUCAAUGUGGAUCUUCAUACUCUUAGAAGUGUUCAUAGUUGUGGCGUGCUGCCUGGGCAAUGCGCUGGUGAUCUGGGUGGUGUGGAGAAGUGGAGCCCUCAGGCAGCCGUCCUUCUGCUUCAUCGCUUCCCUGGCUGUGGCUGAUUUCUUGGUGGGGUCUGUGGCUAUCCCUGUGGCUGUGCUGUGGGACGCUCGUGCGAAGACUUCCUUCCAUGGCUGCCUUUUCAUGUGCUGUGUGUUCAUCAUGCUACAGCUGACAUCUGGUGCAUUACUCCUGGCCAUCGCAGUAGAUCGUUUUCUCCGUGUGCGCAUCCCUCUCACGUAUAAAGCUACAAUCACUAAGACGCGCUCCUGGAUGGUGGUUGUACUUUGCUGGCUCGUGGCUGCAUUACUGAGUUUCGUCCCUAUGUUUGGAUGGCACCAUAACCACACAACUUGGAACAACACAACCCAGACGAACUCCAGCAAUAUUAAAUGCAGUUACUUAACUGUAAACACUCGUUCUUAUGUAGUAAACUUCAUUUUCUUCAGCUGUUAUCUUCCUCCUUUGGCUAUAAUGUGUGGCUUGUAUUUGUACGUCUUUCUGAUCACCAGAAGGCAGUUAAGAGCAAAUAUAGGCGAGACUGUUAAUAAAUCCAGCACAGAUUACCUUAAAGAACGCAGGCUGGCGGCUUCACUGGCUCUGGUCUUGGUUCUUUUUGCUGUCAGUUGGCUUCCUGUGUUCGUCAUGCACACUAUCAAAUACUAUAAUCCAAAGAUCACAGUGCCUCCUGUUGCCAUUCGCAUUGGUGUUGUCCUGUCUCACGCUAAUUCAGCGGUGAACCCCAUAAUAUACGCCUUCAGGAUCCCCAAGUUCAAAAAGGCCUGUAUAAAACUGUGGGUGAGACUUUAUCACUGCAGAGAAGAUCAGCAGGAGAGCGACCAGAACAGCAUGUAG